CUUGACUGCUGAUCCUGGCUUUCUUUUGUGCAAGGACUCUCUCUUCCAUUAGUGCCACAAUACUGUGGCAUCAACACUUAAUCACGUUGAUCCGUCAAGAUGCAGACCAAGAUCCUCCUCGCCACCCUCUUGGCCGCGGCGACCGCGGCCAAGGAUUUCAUGGCCCAUCCCCAAAUCAAGCGCGAGAUCGAGACCCGAGCCACCACGGCCCUCGCCAGCGAGUGCGAGGCUGCCCAGACCGCUCUCCUAUCCCUCUACACUGGCAUUCCCACUCCUGGCAGCGCCAUCCUCUCCUUCGAGUCCAAGCACCCUCAGACUGACCCGUGCCACCUCAGCACUCCUGCCAGCUUGAGCAAGGAGUACGCCAGCUACACAUCCAAGGUUAAGCUGUGGCACUCUCGGCACUCUAAGGAGAUCGUCUCUGCCCUGUCCAAGUGCCCUACCCUCACCAAGUUCGCCACGGCCGUGCCUAUCUGCACCGAGACCAACGCCACUAGCAAGGAGGCUGCUGCCGCCAGCACCUCCUCUGCUUCUGGAACUAAGGUUGGCCAUACGUCGACCGUCAAGAAUACCGCCGCUGCUACGACCCAGAUCGCCACAGAGACUACUAGCAGCACGACGACCUCGAAGGCUGCUGGUGCACGUCAGACAGGCAUGGCUGGUGCUGCCCUCGCCGCCGCUGGUAUGGCUGUCGUUCUUCUGUAAAGGAACCGCAUAUAGUAUGCGAUAGCUCAAGUUUCGUUCAACCCUUUUUGUGCGGAAAGGCCAUGCGGAUGGUAUUGAUAGUGCUCUUAGAUAUCAAAGAAUUCGCGAGAAGGAUUUUAUUACGCUAGUUACGGGAGAGGAGGUGGUUGUUAUUAGGUUGAUCUCUUUCUCAAAAGGCCCGGUAGAACGAAUGGGUCUGGACAAACAAGGCCCAAUAAUCUGCGCAAUUCGCAAAGCUGACGAUGUGUGGGGACCUUAACUCCCACGACUGUGUCAACGCUCCAGUUGGGCAUGAUAGGGAUGCGUAGCCAAUGAAAUCGUAUAAGAUGAAAGGUA